AGGAAGUUUGUUUCCUUCGUUUACUGAAGAGUUUGGGGGAGGGCUGGACGACGCUGGACGAAUCCGGCAGACAUGGCUCACUGUAGCGUGGCGAAAGGCACAGAGUGAACGAGGAACUGAUGCUAUGACACGCACUGCUUGGUGGAUUUGACACUGCUGAUUUGACACCUUUGGGGCAGCAGUGAGAAUGUAGCCUGGGCUUCUCUCCUGCACACAGUCGGAUGACUGGAGGUGGGGAGCGGGACCAGUAGAAGCUGAGCAGGCACUAUGUGGGGUCUGUGUGCAGUUCUAUGCCUGGGCCUGGUGGGGGCGCUGCCACAGGAGCAGGUGGCCCAGCACGCCAUCAGGCUCCACCGCGGGCGCGGCGUGGCAGUGACGCAGGGCCGACACUGGGUGCUGGAGAACUGCCGCCGGCUAUCGGGACUUCUGAAGCAGAAGCAAGCAGCAGUGAGGAAGCUGGGCGCCGCCAUGGCCGCUGUGGAGCGGGACCGCUCUCUGUCUGACCCUGAGAAACUGUUCCAGGUGCACACGCUGGAGAUCUUCCAGAAGGAGCUGAACGAGAGCGAAAAGUCCGUGUUCCAGGCGGUGCUCGGUCUCCAGCGUGCCCUGCAGGGGGACUACAGGGACGUUGUUAACAUGAAGGAGAGCAGCCGGCAGAGACUGGAGGCCCUUAGGGAGGCAGCCAUCAAGGAGGAGCAGGAGUAUGUAGAGCUGAUUGCUGCAGAGAAGCACCAGAAUGAGGCAGUGAAGAGCGCCCAGGACCAGAACAAAACUCUGUCCAUGCUGGAUGAGAUCUUGGAGGAUGUGAGGCGUGCUGCUGACCGGCUUGAAGAGGAGAUAGAGGACCAUGCUUUUGACUACAACAAACAGAUGAAGGGGGUUAAUGUGGAGGCGGUGCUGCGGGUGGAGGAGGAUGAGGAUGACUCCAAGAGGAAUAUGUCCAAGCGGGAGGUGGAGGAUGACCUAGGACUGAGUAUGCUCAUUGACUCUCAGAAUAACCAGUACGUUCUGACAAAGCCCCGCGACUCCACCAUGCCUCGCGCUGACCGCCACUUCAUUCAGGACUUGGUGUCAGUGGUCAUGCUCUCUUUGCCCUGUGGGUGGCUCUGUACUCUGGUUGGACUGCCCACCAUGUUUGGUUACAUCAUCUGUGGGGUCCUCCUGGGCCCCUCUGGGCUCAACAGCAUUAAGUCCAUGGUGCAGGUGGAGACCCUGGGGGAGUUUGGAGUCUUCUUCACACUGUUUGUGGUUGGGCUGGAGUUCUCCCCUGAACGCCUGCGCAAGGUGUGGAAGAUCUCAGUGCAGGGACCAUGCUACAUGACCCUGCUGAUGGUGGGGGUGGGGCUGCUGUGGGGGCGGCUGCUGCAGAUCCGUCCCACUCAGACCGUCUUCGUCUUCAGCUGCCUGUCUCUCUCCAGCACCCCGCUGGUGUCGCGCUUUCUCGCGGGGGGAAUACGAGGAGACAAGGAAGGUGAGCUGGAGUACAGCAGUGUUCUCCUGGGUAUGCUGGUGAUGCAGGAUGUUCAGCUGGGUUUGUUCAUCGCUGUCAUGCCCACCCUUAUUCAGGCCGGGGAUGGGAGCCUGGACAGUGUGGUCAUGGGAAGCCUGCGUAUUCUAAUGCUGCUGGGUCAGGUCCUGUUCUCCCUGGCGGCUGUACUGCUGGUGUGCAUGCUGUUCAGAUCCUUCCUGAUCGCCCCCUACUACAAGAAGCUGCAUGCGGAGAGCAAGGGCAACAAGGAGAUCCUAGUGCUGGGAACGACCGCUUUCGUCUUCCUCAUGCUGAUGGUGACAGAGCUCCUGGAUGUUUCCAUGGAGUUGGGCUGCUUCCUGGCUGGAGCACUUCUCUCCUCCCAGGGUCAUAUGAUCACCAGUGAGGUUAUGAGCUGCAUAGAGCCAAUCAGAGAUUUCUUGGCCAUCAUCUUCUUCGCCUCCAUUGGACUCCAUGUAUUCCCAACCUUUGUACUAUACGAGCUGACUGUUCUGCUAGUGCUGACCCUAUCCCUGGUCAUUACUAAGUUUAUCUUGGCAGUGCUGGUGCUGUCCGUCAUCCUGCCCCCCGGUGCCCGACACAUCCGCUGGAUUGUCUCAGCUGGUCUCGCUCAGGUCAGCGAAUUCUCCUUCGUCCUGGGCAGCCGCGCCCGUCGAGCAGGCAUCAUCUCUCGAGAGGUGUACCUGCUGGUCCUCAGUGUCACCACACUCAGUCUGCUUUUGGCACCUGUUCUGUGGAGAGUUGCCACCCUCAAGUGUGUACCCAGGUCAGAGAGGAGGAUGGUCACCUGACCCCACAGGACUUGCUCUGC